CCAUGGACGCAGACGCCGACGCGGCCGCGCACCAGGCUGCCCUGUGAACGGCGGCCAGAUGAACCCCCGCCCUCCCGGCUCCUCCUCCUCCUCCGGCGCGCAAUGGCUUAACCGGAGAGACAUGAGCGUCCGGAGCGGGGACAGCGUCACCUUGUGCCACAGGGCCCUGCAAAUUGUCACGGACCUUUGUCUGACCGGACAUGUGGACCGGGAGAAAUGCUCGGAUAUAUUCCCCCUGGAGAGCAGCAUACCAGGUAAAGGACACGCAGUAGACAUCUCUAUCAGUCUGCUGGCAGUGGUGGUGGGUUUCUGUGGCCUUGCCCUGUUGGCAGUGUCUCUCUUUGUCUUUUGGAAGCUGUGCUGGCCCAUCUGGAGGAGCAAAGCUCUGUCAGCCCAUGGCGGGAAUGUUGCCCUCCAUGUGACCUUUCCUGAGGCACCUGCACCCAGCUCGCCCUCGGUGCCGGAGUGGAAAGCGGCAGCGGUUGCGGAGGAGAAAAAGAAGCACCCGCCGGAGGUCAAGAUGAACGGGAGGAGCUCGAUCAAGGUCCUGGAGGCGGCCAUGAAGAUCAGCCAGACGUCACCGGAUAUCCCGGCCGAGGUGCAAACCACCCCGAGGGAGAAGCUGAGUCAGCAGGCCAAAGUUCAGAGGCAGACCACCGAGCCCACCUCAUCCUCCAGGCACAAUUCAUUCCGGCGACACCUUCCUCGUCAGAUGAACGUGACCAGCUUUGACUUCAGUAUGGACGCGGUGCCUUUUCGGCAGUCCUCCACGGCGAGCAUAGGGAGAAUCAAACCAGAACUCUACAAGCAGAAGUCAGUGGACUCGGAGGGCGAGCCCAAAGAGCCAGUGGAGACGUGCGGCAAGCUCAGCUUCUCGCUGCGUUACGACUAUGAGGAGCAGGCACUGGUGGUGCAGAUCCUCAAGGCCUUGGAUCUGCCCGCCAAAGACUUCACGGGGACUUCUGACCCUUACGUGAAGAUCUACCUACUGCCCGAGAGGAAGAAGAAAUUCCAGACGCGAGUCCACCGCAAGAACCUCAACCCCAUGUUUGACGAGACCUUCUGCUUCCCUGUGGCGUACGACGAGCUCUGCAACCGCAAGUUGCACCUGAGCGUCUACGACUUUGACCGUUUCACCAGCCACGACAUGAUAGGCGAGGUGGUGGUGGACAACCUCUUUGAGCUCUCUGACCUUUCCCGAGAGGCGGUGGUGUGGAAGGACAUUCAUGCAGCAACCACGGAGACCGUCGACCUGGGGGAGAUCAUGUACUCGCUGUGCUACCUUCCCACAGCAGGGAGGAUGACGCUGACCGUCAUCAAAUGCAGAAACCUCAAAGCCAUGGACAUCACUGGUUCUUCAGAUCCGUACGUCAAGGUUCACCUAAUCUGCGAUGGACGCAGGCUGAAGAAACGGAAAACCACCACCAAGAAGAGCACCCUCAACCCGGUGUACAACGAGGCCAUCAUCUUUGACAUUCCCCCAGAAAACGUGGAACAAGUCAGCCUCUCCAUCAUGGUGAUGGACUACGAUCGGGUCGGACACAAUGAAGUGAUCGGCGUUUGUCGUGCCGGGCCAGACGCCGAAGGUCUAGGACGAGAUCACUGGAAUGAAAUGUUGGCUUAUCCACGGAAGCCCAUCACUCACUGGCACACCCUGGGAGAGUGGCCCGGCAGGGGGGCAAGCUUUGAGAGUCAAGGCUCGUGUCCGUCACCCAAAGCUCCACAGACGCCCUAACGGUGACAACGAUAAGGUUCAGCGUGGCGCCCACAAGUUGUUUGACGCUGAAAAGUCAUUCUUUGUCAAUGCAUUUCUGUCAACUAUGGCUAAAACAAAAGCAGCCAUGUACUUCAAAGAUUACAUUCCGUGAAAAAAUUGCAGUGAGUCAGUCGAGAACUGAGAACUCUGUUUACAUUCAAAUGGCACAAGGUGCAAGGGCUACAAGGCUCAGUGCCAUCAAAGCAUUUAGUAGGUU